GGUGGGCGGUGAACACGGGGUGUCCACUUACGGAACACUGAAACGUGCGUCCCAUCUGUGAGAUUAUUCUCUUUCUACCUCAACCUUCCAAGGCCUCUAAUUCUCUCAUUUUCUCUCUGCGGCUCUCCGGGGCCAUCUCUUCUUCAUUCUUAAUCCUUUCCUUUCUUUAUAGAGGGAGACGCCGCAAAGAGAGAAAGAGGUUUGAUUGAGAAAUCUAGGGUUUGAUAACCAAGCAGAAACACAGAUUAAAAUGGCAGUUGUUAGGAUUUCUUUUGGAGUAUUAGCGAUCAUUGCUCUUAUCUUCAGCAUUGUUUUGCCGGCCGUUCAGGCAGAAUCUUUGGCUCCUGCUCCUGCCCCUACUAGCGAUGGGACAUCAAUAGACCAAGGUAUAGCAUAUGUGCUGAUGCUGGUAGCUCUAGUGCUCACAUACCUCAUCCACCCCUUAGAUGCUUCAUCCUACAAUUUCUUCUGAUUGUUCAAUCAAAAAGGGUUUCUUACAAGCGAUGGAGAGUAGAGACUUGGAGGGGAUGGUUAGUUGGUUUUGAUGUGUAUCAUGUAGAACACAUAUAUAUAUGAUAAAUUAAUCUUAGUGGGUGGUGGUGGUGGGAUUGAUGGUAUAUGAUUUGUUGGGAGUCAAGAGUCACAGUCAAGAAGAGUUAGGUGGUUUUGUACUGUGGGUAUUUUCUUCUUCUUAUGUGGAAUAAGGGUUUUCCCUCCCUUUUUUUUACCUUUGGUUGGUUUCCUGGUAUUUUCUGGGAUUCAACUGUUGCAUUCUCUGUAGCAGUGCAGUUUGACAUAUUCUUUGUUCUUAAUCCUGACUUUUAAUCCAUUUUUCAGAUUUGCUGUGCC